GUUCAGAAUACCAGAUUCAUGCAAGUUAGCCCUCCCCACGAAGCGGGUGGUGCGCUUUUAAAAAUUCAUCGCGAACCACUUGCCGGAGGAGUGUACGGUGGGGCCGGUCGCGGCUUCUCAAUCAUCAUCGGUCAGUGCAGUAGAAUCAGGUGCCAUUGACGCUUCGGAUUUGAACAGCUUUCAACGGUACACGGUGAAGAAGCUCUGCUUCUUCUUUAAGCCAAGAGAUGUUUCCUUGGCUCGUUCUAUUUCUCAUUGGCCAGUCGGUCGCAGGACCAUUUCAUCGAGCUUACAUUCAAGAAUAUUUAUUACCACCCCAAUGGAAUCUGGAUGAAAAAGAAGCGGACGUAGAGUUCAUCAACGCGAACGGGUUUCAAAGAAACGCGGUUGAAAAUCCGGUGGUAACCGAGAACACUCUGGACGAUGAUACGAUCACUCACGCGGAAUACGGUUCUGAAAGAUUCCCACUGCGUGAUGCGGUUGAAGCAUUGCCGGCGAAUCAAAUGAAUCUUCAAGCUGCGAGUCUGCUUUUACAAGAUAGCAAAGAGCCCAGUGGUCGAGUGCCUUUAAGAGACGCGGUGGAACAUCGAGAAGCACCAUUCUUCAGCAACGUAGAUCAUGAAUCUAUAUGGAUCGAACCCUUGGCUCCACCGACCCUUACCCGAACGCAUCAAAUCGUAGAUCCAAAAAUGGUGUGUCAUCUAGAUUCCGGUGCAGUUCACAGAGUGGAACCAUUCUCUCUGUUUCCUCAAUCGAUUCCAGAUCACAAAUGCAGUCAUUUAGUGUACGCUGCAGCCACUUUAGACCCAGAGGAAUUGGUUAUCGUUUCUAAGGAUCCCGAAUACGACGAGAUUAAAGGUGGAUAUAAAGCGGUAACGGGACACCGAUCGAGGAACCCAGCUUUGCAAGUGCUUGUUUCGAUCGCAACAUCGAACAGAGGUAAACUGUUCUCCGAAGUGACCAAGAACCAUUGUACCCUCCAUUGCGAGAGACUGGCCAAGUCUAUAUUGACUUUCUUGCGAGCAAACGACUUUGACGGCGUUGAAAUCGACUGGGAAAAUUCAGCAGAACAUUCCAACGAUCUGAGGCUACUUCUGAAGACGAUUAAAAAAUCCUUCGACGUUCAGGACGAGUAUACCUUAGCGGUAGCUCAGAGACCCGAGGAUCCGGUAGAUCAAGAGAUCACCUCUAUUGCCGAUUUGGUCCUUCUGAGAGCAUGGAGAGAGAGUCCAGGGUUCAGACGUGAAAAAUUGGCCCUUCAUCCAGCACCGUUGAGAUACGUUGUUCGUGCAACCAACAGAUGGAUCGAAAGUGUUCCACGCGAACACAGGUCGAAGAUCAUUCUUGGUAUACCGGUCUUUGGACAAGGGUACACCCUUAAAUUUGGCAACUUCACCGAUGCUGGUGCCCCCAUCAUCGGGCCAGGCAUAGGGGGUGUAUACAACAAGCGACAGAAUGGACGGAUGGCUUAUUAUGAAAUUUGCGAGAAACUGGAGGAUGGAUUGUGGAUAUCCGGGAGAGACGAAGAAGGGCCGUACAUAAAGCGUGGCGAUCAGUGGGUCGGCUACGAGGAUCCUCUGUCGGUGAAAAUAAAAGUUGCUUACGUUAGAUCAACGGGACUCGGCGGUGUGUCCCUGUGGUCUGUCGAUUUGGAUGAUUUUCAGGGAAUCUGCGGGAAUCCUUGGCCAAUGCUCAACGCCGCGAUAGAGUCAAUAGGUUUCUACGACGAGAAACGAGUGAAAAAUUGUACCACCGAGGGUCUCUUCACCGACCCAGACAACUGUUCUGGAUUUUAUUCUUGUUACAAUGGUGUACAAUAUCAGGGUCAAUGUGGACAGGGAAACUUCUUCAACUCGGCAAAUGGUCGUUGCGUAAAAGCGAAUACAGAAUUGUGCAAACCGAGGCAAGUAGACCGGAUUCAAGAUGGAGGUUCUUCGACCGAGAUACGAGAGGUAGAAGAAGCGCAAAAUUUAGAAAUCACGCCAGAAAAAGGACCACGUGUAGCUUGUUACGUAACAUCUUGGUCUCUCUAUCGCAAAGGAGAUGGAAUGUUCGCUCCUGAACGGCUUGACACACGAUUGUGCACCGAUGUGAUUUAUGCUUUUGCUGGAUUGAAUCCAGACACCUUGCUUAUUCAACCGUUUGAUCCCUGGGCCGACAUAGAAAACAACCUAUACGAGCGUGUAACGAUGCUGAAGGGAUCCAGAGUGUUAUUGGCAAUCGGAGGAUGGACGGAUAGCACCGGUGAUAAAUAUUCUCGCUUAAUAAGUAACGGUGCAUCUCGUCGCAAGUUUGUCGCGUCAACGAUCAACUUUUUGAAGAAGCACAAUUUCGACGGGCUUUCCUUUGAAUGGAACUACCCGAGGUGUUGGCAAAGCGACUGCAGGAAAGGUCCCGAUACCGACAAGCCCAACUUGACUAAGCUGAUACGAGAACUGAAGAAGGAGUUCGAUCAACAAGAACCGAGACUCACGUUGGCUGUCGCGUUGUCAGGGUACAAGGAAAUAAUCGACAGAGGUUACGAAGUAUACGAGAUCUCGAAAAUUGUAGAUUUCAUGUCGGUUAUGACGUAUGAUUAUCACGGGGCUUGGGAGUCGAGGACAGGUCAUUUGUCGCCGUUGUUCGGAAGCGCUGCUGACCCUAAUCCAUACUAUAAUGUCAAUUCUACCGUCGAGUAUCUUGUCAGCCUUGGCGCAGAUAAAUCAAAACUUCUGAUAGGUGUACCCCUAUAUGGACAAGCUUAUAGAUUGUCCAGCGAAGAUCUGAAUGAUAUUGGUGAUCCUGCAACUGGACCUGGAACUGCUGGAGAGUUCACAAGACAACCUGGGAUGUUGGCGUACUAUGAAAUCUGCGAUAGAAUUAAGAAUAAGGGUUGGAAGAAUGGAUUAGGUCCAAACGCUUACCACAGAGACCAGUGGGUGGGCUACGAUGACAGAGAGAGCGUUUUUGCAAAAGGACGAUACAUUUUGCAGAAUGGUUUUGGAGGAGCUUCUUUGUGGACAGUGGAUUUGGACGACUUCUUAAAUCGUUGCUGUUCGGAAUCGUUCCCUUUGUUGAAAAGCAUUAAUCGUGCUUUAGGACGUUUGAAAAGCAAAGCUUCUGAAGGUUGCCAGCGGCCACCCGAACCGGUCACACCUCAACCUCCAACUCUGACUCCUCACAGCGACGCCGUAGAUGGAACCCCACGGCCCACCACACCAAUUCCACAGUCGACCACGUGGCCAACGUGGACCGAGAAGCCGAGUACUUCCACUCAGAAAACGACCAGAACCACCUGGCCAACAUGGACGUGGAGCCAAAAACCAAGCAGUGGUCCAGACACAACUAGUAAACGACCACAGUCGACGACGCUCAGUAUGAGUACCACGUUCUCCUGGACUGAACCAACCAGCAGCAGCGUCUCUUCAAUUUGGACGUCAACCAAGGAACCACCCGUGGAAAGUACAGAAGAGUCAUCGGAUCCGGAUUCGUUGAAACCAGGAACGCCCUGUUACAUUGGCGAAUACGUGCCAGAUCCAGGAAGCUGUAGCAGUUACUUUAGAUGCGUGCUUGGAGAGUUACAGCGGGAACAGUGCGCGCCAGGAUUGCAUUGGGAUGCAAGACGAGGCAUUUGCGACUGGCCAACUGCGGCGAAAUGCGAUACGAAGACUAGCUCUACAACCCGUAGACCAACAUGGACCACCCCGAAGUCAACAACAUUCUCGGUCUGGUCUACUUCGAAAGCUACUACACAACGUCCACGUCCAUCUACCCAGAGGCCAGGCAUCACAGAAAGGCCGGUUCAAAAGCCAGGGAAGAGUUGCGAACAUGGUCAAUACUAUGCAUAUCCGAAUUCUUGUACAAGUUUCUUGGUUUGCGUGAACGGGAACCUAGUUUCACAGCAAUGCGGUCCAGGAUUAAAUUGGAAUAAUGAGAAAAACAUGUGCGACUGGGCCUUCAAAGCUCCCUGCGAUAAACCAAUGAAAAGUGCUUCACUGAUCGCCGCCAAUUCCAAAUCUAGUCCUUGCAUUCCUGGAAGCUACUCGGGCGUUCCAGGAGAUUGUCAGAGUUAUCAAGCGUGUCUAUGGGGUCGCCACGAGGUAUUCAAGUGUGCUCCUGGUUUGCACUUCAAUCAGCAAACUAGAAUCUGCGAUUGGCCUUCCCGUGCUAAUUGCCAAGAGAAGAAUCCUACCUCGACCGAGGAUCGGGAGCCAAUCACAUCUACUACUAGUAGACCUACAAAUAGGCCUACCGAAGAACAUUGGGAACCAAGUACCACUCAACCUACCUCCACUACGUCAUCAACUCUCAUAGAUCCUGACAAAGUUUCUCCAUUAAGCGGAUAUUACAAAGUCGUUUGUUACUUUACAAAUUGGGCCUGGUAUCGAAGAGGGGUUGGCCGCUAUCUUCCUGAAAAUAUAGACCACACUUUGUGCACUCAUAUCGUCUACGGUUUCGCCGUAUUGGAUUAUUCAGAGCUCACCAUCAAGGCCCACGAUUCAUGGGCCGACUACGAUAAUCGUUUCUACGAACGAGUCGUCGCGUACAAGAAGCGAGGACUGAAGGUAUCCCUUGCACUAGGAGGGUGGAAUGAUUCUGCUGGAGACAAGUACAGUCGUUUGGUAAACAGUCCAACGGCCAGAAGGAAGUUUGUUUCUCAUGUCGUUCAAUUCUUAGAGAAAUAUGAUUUCGAUGGACUUGAUUUAGACUGGGAGUAUCCGGUCUGCUGGCAAGUUGAUUGCAAGAAAGGUCCAGCCUCGGACAAACAGGGCUUCGCGGAUCUUCUGAAGGAACUGAGCAGUGAAAUGAAACCCAAAGGAUUGUUACUCAGCUCUGCCGUCUCACCGAGCAAACAGGUCGUCGACAAAGGCUACGACGUUCCAGCUCUGGCUAAAUAUUUAGAUUGGAUCGCAGUGAUGACUUACGACUUCCAUGGACAGUGGGACAAAAAGACUGGUCACGUAGCACCGCUUUAUUAUCAUCCGGACGAUGACUAUUAUUACUUCAAUGCAAACUAUUCAAUCAACUACUGGAUCUCAAACGGUGCUCCCCGCAGAAACAUCGUCAUGGGAAUGCCACUCUAUGGUCAAUCAUUCACCAUCAACGAUCCUAGUGCUGGAGCAGGACUGAACGUUCCUGCCAGCGCUGGACAGGCUGGAGAGUUCACCAGAGCUGCCGGUUUCCUAGCCUACUAUGAGAUCUGCGACAGAAUUCGAAACCGUGGCUGGAACGUCGUUCAAGAUCCAGAACACAGAAUGGGUCCGUAUGCCUUUAAGGGCAACCAGUGGGUCAGCUUCGACGACGUCGAAUCCAUACGAAGAAAAGCUCAGUAUGUCAAAGAUAUGGGUUUGGGCGGUGGAAUGGUCUGGGCUUUAGACCUUGACGAUUUCCGUGGACGAUGCGGAGAGGGGCAGCAUCCUUUGAUGCGCACCAUUCAAGGGGUGCUAUCUGACACUCCGAGCAAAGUUGACGAACCCUGCCGGCCACCAAUUGAGCAAUCGGAUUUAGAUCAAGCAGCGGUUACACCAGCACCUACAGUAGCAGCUGCUCCCGUCACAACGGCUAUACCUUCUUCGACAUCCAAAGAUCAUCUGCAGAGCGAUAGUGGAUUUAAAAUGAUCUGUUAUUUCACGAACUGGGCCUGGUAUCGACAAGAGGGAGGAAAAUUCUUACCCGAAGACAUAGAUACCGACUUGUGUACUCACGUUCUCUAUGGUUUCGCCGUCCUCGAUGGAUCACAGCUGACAAUCAAGUCACACGACCCAUGGGCUGAUAUUGAUAACAAAUUCUAUGAACGGGUAGCAGCUUUAAAAUCGAAAGGAAUAAAAGUAUUGAUGGCUAUCGGAGGCUGGAACGAUUCCGCAGGCGACAAAUACAGUCGCUUAGUGAAUUCACCAUCUGCGAGACGUAGAUUCAUUGAAAAUGUGAUACAGUUUAUAGAAAAAUAUGAGUUUCAGGGACUGGACUUGGAUUGGGAGUACCCGGUAUGCUGGCAGGUGGACUGCAACAGAGGUUUGACCUCGGACAAGGAAGCUUUCGCCAGCUUCGUGAAAGAAUUGAGCGAAGAAUUUCAACCAAGAGGCUUAUUGUUAUCCGCUGCGGUUUCCCCAAGCAAACGAGUUAUCGACGCUGGUUACGACGUGCCCACCUUGGCUAAGUAUUUUGAUUGGAUAUCCGUCAUGACCUACGAUUAUCACGGUCAAUGGGAUAAGAAAACUGGUCAUGUUGCACCUCUCUAUCGUAUGCCUAACGAUUGGGAGCCGACCUUUAACGCGAACUUUUCCAUCCACUACUGGAUAGAGAUGGGUGCUCCCCCCAACAAACUUGUUAUGGGAGUACCUAUGUACGGGCAGUCCUUCUCUUUGGCAGAGAGAAGUCAGAGAGGAUUAAAUGCGCCAACUUAUGGAGGAGGUGAAGCUGGAGAAGCAACAAGAGCCAGAGGUUUCUUGUCUUACUACGAAAUAUGCGAGAGAACCUUGAAAAACGGUUGGACCGUUGUGGAGGAUAAACAAAGACGUAUCGGUCCCUAUGCGUACAAAGGUGACCAGUGGGUCAGCUUCGACGAUGCGAAGCAAGUCAAGAUUAAAGCAGAAUUAAUAAAGGAUCUUGGUUUGGCUGGUGGUAUGGUAUGGGCGCUAGAUUUAGACGAUUUUAAGAACAGAUGCGGCUGUGAACCUAGUCCGCUUCUAAGAACCAUGAAUAGGGUUCUAAGAGGAUAUCCAAAAGGGCCUUUGUGUCCAGUUACGAGCGAAUUCACAACGAUCGAUGACGACGAGCUUUCCACGUCAACGACCACCCGUGAACCAAGCUGGGAACUUACAACUUCUCAAAGGCCAACAUACUUGCCGCCAACAUCUUCACCUGAAGAUUCGAGCUCGGAUAUUGAUGAUACCAUUGAAAUAGAUGUUGAAUCUCCAUGGGUGAUAGCUUCGCCGGAAGACUGCGAAGGUCGUUUGUUCAUUCCACACAAAAAGGACUGUUCCAAGUACUUUUUAUGCAAUUUCGGCAAGCUCACUGAACACUCUUGCCCGCGUGGUCUUUAUUGGAACGAGGAUCGUUGUGACUGGCCAGAGAAUACCAGGUGCAGGGAUACCCAACGACAGUCUUUUGAUUUACAGUCUAACGAGUUGUUGCCUCUAACUGCCGCCAAAGAAAAUCAGAAGAAAGUCAUCUGUUACCUGAUGGAAUGGGCAAGGAAACGACCAGGAGCAGGAAAGUUUUUGCCAGAAGAUAUAGAACCUGAUUUAUGCACGCAUGUCGUUUACGGACUCGCCACCUUGGAUAUAGAACAAUUAAUUAUACAAAAUCCACUGGAUAGUAGACAAAAGAAAUUUCUUAAUCGCAUAACAAGUAUGAGAAGUAGAACUGGACUAAAAAUUCUGCUUGGUUUGGGUGGCUGGGAGGAAUCCAAGGACAGCAAAUAUAGCAAAUUGGCGCACAAUUCCUUAGAACGACAGAGAUUCGCACGCUAUGCUGCUCAGUACAUUGAAAACCAUGGAUUCGACGGUCUUGAUCUUAUUUGGGAAUAUCCAGUCUGUUGGCAGGUUAAUUGCAAUCGAGGACCAGCCAGCGACAGAGAAGCAUUUGCAGACUUAUUAAAGGACCUCAGUGCAACGUUUAAACCCAAGGGACUGCUUCUUUCGACAGCAGUUUCAUCUAGCAAAAAUGUCAUUGAUGUGGCUUACAGCGUUCCAGCCUUAGUGCAAUAUCUUGACUGGAUAGGCGUGAUGAGUUAUGACUAUCACGGUUAUUGGGACAGCAAAACUGGCCAUGCGGCUCCCAUUUAUCAAGCAUUAAACAAACCAACCGAUCAUUUGAACGUGAACUUUUCGAUGUCAUAUUGGAUCGAGCAGGGCGUACCGUCCAAUAAACUCGUAAUGGGUGUGCCAACUUAUGGUCAGAGCUUCACGUUAUCCAGGGAACCGCUAACGACGGAAACACCGGCUUUGGACGUGGAAGUGUCUGGGCCUGGGUAUCCAGGGGAGUUCACCAAGUCUGCGGGUAUACUCGCAUACUACGAGAUAUGUAACAACGUGAGGUAUAGAGGCUGGUCAGCGGUCAAAGACCCACAAAGUCUAGUCGGUCCGUACGCGACGAAGGGUGAUCAAUGGGUCAGCUACGAGGACGUGUCCACUGUAACGAAAAAGGCUGACAUCAUUAGGGAAUUAAAUCUUGGUGGGGCGAUGAUCUGGUCCUUGGAUCUGGAUGACUUCAAGAAUCAAUGCUCCUGCGGCAGGUAUCCGUUAAUAACGGCGCUGAGUCAAGAAAUAAAAGGAGAACGGGAUCAUAGGAUGGACUGUACUUGAAACCAAAGUGUCUCAAAGGUUCACGGACGAUAAUUCUUUCAUGUGCGUUUCACUAUCAUAAAUGUUGAUAAACCUCCAAUCGCUUGAGAAAACGUAUCGGAUAGCGUAAACCACGGUACAAUGCAAAAUUGCAGCUUCGUCGCGUCACAAAAAUCAUUUAGAAAAAAAAACAAAAACAAAAACUAGAAUAACCUUGAGGAUUAUUGUAUUAUAUCGCAAUGUUCAACUACGUAAAUGAGAAUAUUUAAAUACGAUUUCAUUCAGAAAGUUGUUAUUGAUGUGUCAACAGGUCCGGCCCUGGGCCUAGGCAGACCAGGCGGCCGCCUAGGGCCCCUCAAGGUCCAGGGCUCCCAUAAGACAAUUUUGCGUUUAAGAAUGCAAGAUUAAUGUUUACUUGAAUAUUAAUCGAUGUAAAUGCAAAUCUAAAUUAGUUAUACAAGCUUUAAUGUUAAUUUUAUAAAUUUUAUUUGAGGUACUUUGUUUUAUGUCAUAUAUGUGAAGGGGCCCUUUUUCGGAACUCGCCUUGGAUCCCCGAAAUCUCAGGGCCGGCCCUGUCUGUUAAAAUGUGACUAUGCAGAUAAAUAUUGUACGAUAGUUCGAUUCGAUAGUAGAUUACAUAAGUUAAAUAUGACGUUUCUUCAUUUUUACGGAACAAGAAAGAAUUCGGAAAGAUAAACAAUAAAUUCCAGACGCAGAACGUUCGGUGAGAUGAAGGAAAAUAUUUACAAGCGAACGAUGAUAACUAUUGCAAAAACUCUUUUGAGUGACGUGUACUACGAAAUUUCAUCCUAGCAUUAUUAUAAGUGGAAGAAGUGAAACUGUCAACGUGUCUCCUGAGAAGGCGAUAUCUCGCUUAAUUAUACACGCAAUUGUCAUGUAAGAUAUGUAUGUAUUUUGCGAGUAUACGAUUCUUAAUACAUGUCGUUAACUA